CAAAUUCAAUAACCAAACCACUCCCCUUAAAUGAAAAAAUUAUAGCUGUACAAAAAGAAACGAGAAACUCCGGGAAAAUUUUCAUUAGGAAGUCGGUUUUAGCGAAACAAUUUGAAUUACAUUAAUAUAUAGUUUGUAAUUUGUAUUUAAGAAGUCAGUUUUAGGAAAGCAGUUAUUUGCUGAAUGAAAACCGUUAAACACCGUAGCAUACUUUCACGCCAUGUUUUAAAUAGCACUUCAAACGCAGAUACUUCCAUCAUCCAUUCACUAGACAAGUACCCAGACAUCAAAACCCUACAAAAAAUCCAUGGUCGGAUCAUUUCCGACCCCAAAUUGUGCUCGGACACGUCCCUGGCCAUCAAGCUCAUGCGAGCUUACGCUGCGUGCUGCAAACCCGAUGUCACCCGCAUGGUGUUCGACAGAAUUCCCGAGAGAAACAGUGUCAUUUGUAAUGUCAUGAUUAGAAGUUAUGUGAAUAAUCAUUUGUAUGAAGAUGCGAUUCUGAUGUAUAAGAGCAUCCUUUCUUCGGGUGUUGCCCCCGAUCAUUACACGUUUCCUUGUGUUCUGAAAGCCUGCUCGGCCUCGGAUAAUAUCAGGUUUGGGGUGCAGAUGCAUUCUCCGGCUGUAAAGAAAGGUCUUGAUCUGACUCUGUUUACUGGUAAUGGUCUGGUUGCGAUGUACGGGAAAUGUGGGAAUUUGGUGGAGGCUAGGCGGGUUUUUGAUGGAAUGCCGUUUAGGGAUAGUGUGUCUUGGAACUCUUUGGUGGCGGGCUAUGCGCAGAAUGGGCGGUUUGAUGAAGCAUUGGAGGUGUGUGAAGAAAUGGAGUUGUUAGGUGUGCAGCAUGAUUCUGGCACAAUGGCUAGCCUCUCUCCGGCUGUGACUUAUACUAGUGUCGGAAAUGUCAUGUUUGUGAAGAAAAUCUUCUCGAAUAUGGUGAGGAAGGAAUUAGUGGCAUGGAAUGUAGUGAUAGCAAUGUAUACAAAUAAUUCUAUGCCUGCUGAAGCAGUUGGCCUCUACUUAGAGAUGGGAGCUCAAGGGAUAGAAGCUGAUUCGAUUACUGUAGCUAGUGUUCUUCCGGCUUGUGGUGAUCUUUCUGCUCUAUCACUAGGAAAGAGAAUCCACGAGUAUGUUGAGUUGAAGAGGCUGCGACCUAAUUUGUCUGUGGAGAAUGCCUUGAUUGAUAUGUAUGCUAAGUGUGGGUGCUUAUUAGAAGCUAGGAAAGUAUUUGAAGAGAUGAAGAUCAAGGAUGUUGUUUCUUGGACUUCGAUGAUGUCUGCCUAUGGUAGGAGUGGGAAAGGUCACGAAGCUGUUGAGUUAUUCUCCCAAAUGCAGGACUUAGGUAUUGUCCCGGAUUCUAUAGCAUUUGUCUCCAUUCUUUCAGCUUGCAGCCACGCGGGGUUAUUGGCAGAAGGGCGUGAGUAUUACAGAAUGAUGACAGAAAGAUAUGAGAUAGUUCCAAGAGUUGAACACUUUACUUGCAUGGUUGAUCUACUUGGCCGUGCUGGUCGGGUUGAUGAGGCCUAUGCUCAUAUUAAGCAGAUGCCGGUGGAGCCCAAUGAUAGAGUGUGGGGAGCUCUGUUGAAUGCUUGCCAUGUGUAUAAUAACAUGGAUAUCGGGGUCGUAGCAGCUGAUCAUCUAUUUGAAUUGGCUCCAAACCAAUCUGGUUACUAUGUUCUGUUAUCGAACAUCUAUGCUAAGGCUGGGAGAUGGAGGGAUGUAUCUUUGGUUCGAUCAAUCAUGAAGGAUAGAGGAAUAAAGAAAAUACCAGGUGUGAGCAAUGUUGAGCUCCGUGAUCAAGUCCACACUUUUCUUGCUGGUGAUAGAUCACACCAGCAAUCGAAAGAGAUAUAUGAAGAGUUGGAUAUCUUGGUGGGAAAAAUAAAAGAAGCUGGUUACGUUCCUAAAACAGACACUGCCCUGCAUGAUGUGGAGGAGGAGGAAAAAGAGAACCACUUAGCAGUCCACAGUGAGAAGUUGGCCAUUGUCUUUGCACUCAUCAAUAGCAGCCCACACACGCCAAUCAGGGUUACUAAGAAUCUGCGUGUCUGUGAGGAUUGCCAUGUUGCUAUCAAGUUCAUCUCCAAGAUUGCUGACCGUCAGAUCACAGUGAGGGAUACGAACCGCUAUCACCAUUUUGAAAAUGGCAUUUGCUCAUGUGGUGAUUACUGGUGAAUAUAUAUCCCUUGUCCUAUUAUUGGGGAAGUUUUGAUCACAGAAACCAUGAUGAUCUACUGUCAUUCCUGGAUUUCGGGUGCAUGCAUCAACUUUUACUUCUUAUUUCCAACUACGGAUUCUUUUGGUAUAUAGGUUUAUCCCAUGGUUCUUGGGCUACCUUUCUUCGGAUGUUGAUUGCAUUCUCUAAAAAUUUAAUUAAAAUUUGGCAAAAAAAUAAACCUUGAAGGUGCUCUCUGUUUACAUAUAUAGUUGAUCAUUUACCUUUAUUGACUUAUUUUCUGGUAGAUUCAUGGUGGUUUUCCAGUUGGAUAUUGUCAAGCUGUGGUUGAUUUUCCUGUUUCCGUGAUUAAAGCAAAAGAUUUAAUGUGUUAUGUAAAUUUUUGAUUGUGUA